AUGAACGAUGAGAAUGCAGAGAUUGACUGGGGUAAUGAGAGGUUAAGCCGAGCCCAACGCGCGGUUGAAGCAAACACGUAUGAUGUAGAUUCGUGGUCUCUUUUGAUACGGGAAGCACAAACCCGGCCUAUAAAUGAGGUCAGAACGAUGUAUGAGAAGCUCAUUACAGCUUUUCCGACAACAGGCAGAUAUUGGAAGAUUUAUAUCGAACAGGAGAUGAAAGCGAGAAAUUUUGAGAAGGUCGAAAAGUUGUUUCAGAGGUGUCUAAUGAAGAUCUUAAACAUUGAACUUUGGAGGCUCUAUUUGAACUACGUUAAGGAGACCAAGUGCAUGUUGCCGACUUACAAAGAAAAAAUGGCGCAGGCAUACGACUUCGCGUUGGACAAAAUAGGCUUGGACAUACACGCGUACCCAAUAUGGAAUGAUUAUGUGACGUUUCUGAAAGCGGUUGAGGCAGUUGGUUCUUACGCUGAAAAUCAGAAGAUAUCUGCCGUUAGGAAGGUUUACCAGAGAGCGGUCAUAACUCCCAUAAUAGGUAUAGAGACACUAUGGAAGGACUACAUCGCUUUUGAACAAGGAAUCAAUACUAUUAUUGCUGAACGAAUGGCUAUGGAGAGAUCGCGGGAAUAUAUGAAUGCUAGACGAGUCGCUAAAGAAUUGGAAACUGUUACACGAGGCUUGAACAGGAACAUGCCCGCGACUCCGCCCACCGCGGAUAGAGAGGAAAUGAAACAGGUGGAAUUAUGGAAGAAAUAUAUAUCAUGGGAGCGUUCAAAUCCUCUGAGGUCUGAAGAUACCGCCCUCGUAGCGAGGAGAGUGAUGUUUGCUAUAGAACAAUGUUUACUAUGUCUAGCGCAUCACCCGGAUGUAUGGCAUCAAGCCGCGCAGUUUUUGGAUCACUCGUCAAAAUUACUACAAGAAAAGGGGGAUUCAACAGCCGCUCGUUUGUUCUCUGAAGAAGCCGGCGCGGUGUACGAGCGAGCUACGUCCGGUCCUCUCAAACACUCUACCUUAUUGCAUUUCGCUCACGCUGACUAUGAGGAGAGUCGACUACAUUAUAAUAAGGUACAUCAAGUAUACACACGCUAUUUAGAUAUGGCAGAUAUCGAACCUACACUCGCCUACGUACAAUAUAUGAAAUUUGCGAGAAGAGCCGAAGGAAUUAAGUCAGCUAGGACGGUUUUCAAACGUGCGAGAGAGGAUCCUAGAUCUCGUUACCACGUAUUCGUGGCGGCCGCUCUCAUGGAAUAUUACUGCUCCAAAGACAAAAACAUAGCCUUCAGAAUAUUUGAGUUGGGUCUUAAGAAGUUCUCACACAUACCAGAGUAUGUGUUGUGCUAUAUUGAUUAUUUGUCACAUUUGAACGAGGACAACAACACCCGCGUGUUGUUCGAGCGCGUUCUGUCGUCGGGUUGCCUCAAGCCGGAGAGUUCUGUUGACAUCUGGAAUAGAUUCCUGGAAUUUGAAUCCAAUAUUGGAGACCUCGUCAGUAUAGUGAAAGUGGAAAAACGGAGGCAGGCGGUCUUGGAAAAGAUCAAAGAAUUUGAGGGUAAAGAGACGGCUCAGCUUGUAGACAGAUACAAGUUCCUAGACCUCUACCCUUGCACGAUAGCUGAACUCAAAUCAAUAGGAUACACAGAGGUAGCAUCAAUGUCGAACAAGUCUUGGGCUCUCGGCGGACCACUCGCUGGCAUUUCACCAGAAUUAGCCGCUGUUAUAUUAGGACAGAAAGAUAAUGAUCCUAAUAAGGACAUAGCUCGUCCGGACACAAGUCAAAUGAUUCCAUACAAGCCGAAAUCAAAUCCUUUGCCCGGAGAACAUCCUAUACCUGGCGGUUCCUUCCCCCUCCCGCCCGCGGCCGCGUCCCUCUGCACCGCCAUGCCGCCCCCCUCCAGCUACCGGGGGCCCUUCGUGGCUGUAGACAUGCUGAUAGCGCUCUUCAACAGGAUCACGCUGCCCGACAAACCGGCUGCCCCAACUAAUGAGAACGGCUGUGACACCAAGUUGUUUGAGCUGGCGCGCUCCGUACAUUGGAUCAUGGAUGAUGACACCACCAAGAAUAACACGGCUCGUAGAAGAAAGCUGGGUUCAGACUCGGAUGAUGAUGAGUUGGGAGCUCCUCCGCCUCUCAACGAUGUGUACAGACAGAGACAACAGAAAAGAGUUAAAUGA